AUGGAUUCUCCAAGCUCCAGUAACGAAUUCUCAACCGAAACCAGCUCAAACCCGAGGUGCUACAGCACAAACAUUGACCACAGUGUGCAGCCGAUGGCGUCUACGGCUUCUGGAGACCUUAGUAGAUCGUCUAAGGCUUCUGUUGAUUCUAGUAGGUCUUCCAAAACUUCUGGAGCUUAUAAUAGGUUUGACAGGUCUUCUGUACGGCCAUCUGACGGCUAUGACGAAGCCAUAAAUAAUAUAAGUUCAACGUUUAAUCCAGUACCGUCAGCGCUUCAGAAUCCUAGCUCAUCAAAGCUUUUGGUUUCAGCAUCGUCAGGGCUUCAGAAUCCUACAUCGUUAGGUCUUCAGAAUCAAAAUCCUACAUCUUCUAAUCUUCAGAAUCCUAAACCAUUAAGCCUACAGAACUCUACAGUAUACGAAAAGGUGAUAGAAGCCUCGGAAGCCCCAUCAACCAGCUCUACCCUAUCCUCGUACCCAUCUAACUCAUCCACAAUAUUAACCAUGACCACCACCGACAAUCCGUAUUGUUCUUCAGCUCUUCAGCCUUCUGAAGCGGAUUCGGAAUCCGUCUGUUUCGUCCGAACCCUGCCAUCAGAUCAUCAACCAUUAACACCCGAACGCCGUCGUUCUCGCCCAGUACGCACCAAAUCAGCGCUAGCGUCACGUCGCAAGAGCACGAUCGUCUGUGUCUGUGCCGUAGCCAUGCUUCUGGCUUCUGUAAUCCUACUUACACUUGCUGUAAUAGCUCUGAAUCAAGACAAAGUUUUGGCAAGAACGGCACGAAAUACGCCCGAAGACACUCCCAAGGACGACCUGGACAAUCUCUACAGACAACUCGACGAUACGACCGGUUGCAAUCGCACCUUGGACACACCCCUACUCAGACAAUUGCUCAACUCCACCAUUCAGAACAUGCAACUCCAGAAGCCGGUGCUCCUAUGGCUGGCCAAUGUGGCGCCGCGUUAUCCUUACCUGCUUGAAAUGAAAAGUAAGUUUGAAAUUUAAAAGUAUUUGAAUUUCAAAAAAUUUCAAAAAAAAUUAAAUUUGAAAAAAAUUUUUUUAAUUUUCAAAAAGUUAUUUUUAGAUACUAAAUCAAUAACAGUUUUUAAAAAUAACCUUUAAUAUUUGAUAAAAACUCAAAAUAAUUUUAAAAUGCACUGUGCCAACUUUUAAUUUUUUGCACGGCGCAUCAAUUUUUCUUAAAAAUUCAAUUUUAUGGCUAGAAACGAAAAAUUUUGAAAUCCAAAAUAUAUGCUUUGAAAGGGUAUUUUACAGUUGUUUUUAUACUACCUAAAACAUGUUUUCUUCGAUUGGUAAAACGUACUAAAAUUUAAAAAAAAUAGCACCGUGCAAAAGAAGUUAUUUUGGUGCAUUUGCUACUUUAUAUAGAUCUUAAAGGUAAAAAAAUGGAAAUAAAAUAAUUUUAAAUAAUUUUUGAAAUUGUGAAAUUAAAUUUUUUAAAAAAUUUCAAUUUUUUGAAAAAAGUCCGAGGACUUUUGUGCCAAAGUAAAAAACGGUUAAAAACUUCUGGACUAAAGCGAAAAAUGACAAAAUUGUCAAUUUGGCUUAAUAAAAAAUAAAAAAUAAUUAACUUUUUACCUAAAAAGACUAAUUUCAACCAAAAAAACCAUUGAAACACUUGUUUUAGACACCCCCUUGAACACGACUGUAACAAAGACACCAUUAAUCCGUCCCCUACCUGGAUCUCAUGCCCCAGUUCAUGUUCUUCAUCUGGACUGUUCGCCCGAGCCGAGAUGGGUACCAGUUUCGGUGUAUGGUACCGCCACAUUGGAGACGUUUGUUGAAAUGAGGCUACCUGAAUUGGAGCUGAAUGCUUGUCCUUUCAGUCAGUGUUAUCAGUCAAAGGUAGGCUAUAAUGUUAUAAUGUAAAAUAAUAGUCAAUAGAACCUAAUUUGGAACUUUUAAGCUGCCACACAAUGCCAAAACCGCGGAAAUUUUGAAAAAAAGACGGGUUUUUCUGAGGUUGUGACAGUUUUUCUGCCAUUUUUAAUUGAUAUUGGGCUUUAUAUUGCGCUUUAUACUUAAAAAUGGCAACAAAAAUCUAUUCUUGAUAAUUUUAAAUAAAAAAAAUUUUGAAAAACUUGUAAAACCAGGGAUUUUGAUUGACUUUUUGACCUUAUUUUACCAAUAUUAUCUUUUAAUAAUGAUAUUAUCAUGCUUUAACCCCAAAAAGUAGGUCAAACCAACUUAAAAAGUCGUUAAAACUCAGCUCGGAGCCAUGUAAAAAAAAAUAUAGCCUAAACUACUAAUUUUCAGUGCUCCUGGACCUCUCACGGUGACCUGAAGGUCUAUGCCAAGCCUUGUUGUGAUGCCGAAAGUCGGUUCUGUCGAGCUGACUGGACUGCCAUGCUCAAUUUGUUCUACUUUCUGUCGAUUGGUUUCGCCUUAGGCUCGGUUGUAAUGAUCGUGACUGUGGUGUUCGAGCGAUAUCGCCAGCAACAGGAGUCGCGAGGCUGGGCCUUGAUGGAGUGCUUCUUCGUUGGAGCUGCCAUCUUGUAUAUGAUUGUAGGUUUUCAUGGCUUAUUUUGGGAAGAAUUGCAGGUUUUUAUGCUAGUGACAUAUGAAAAAUAUAGUACUGUGUAGUAAUGUUAAAUUUUCCAAAUUGGCGGGAAAUUCAAAUAUUUGGAUGUUAAAAUUCAAAAGUGCGAGUUAAAAUUUGUUAUAUGCACUAAUGGUACUACAACUAACACAUAUAAAAAAUUUGACUUGAUUCUGAGCGGGGCAAGUUAGGUAUUUUCCUUGUGAGAGAACUUAAAUGUAAUGACUGCACAGUGCGUGGUCAAAAUUCAUUGCACCGUGCAGGCCGUCUAACCACUCUUGAAUAAAAUUCUUUUUUUCGUAUUGAAUUACCUUACUUUUACCUACUUUAUACAAUAUUUUACAUUUUUAAAAGUCGUUUUUAUCGUAGGCAAACUUUAAAUUUUAAAGAUUGGCCGCACGGUGCAAUGACUGAAGUUCGUUGCACCGUGCAAAUCACUUAAAAUUUUUUUUAAAACGGGUUUUUGUGACGAAUUAGUUUUUUAAAACUUUAAAACUACUUAUUAUCAUUAUUUUAUUUAAAAAUCAUUUUUUCAGCCACUAAUUGAUUUUACCAUUGCCAAUAUUCACGGCUGUGUCAUUGCCAUUUGGAUGCGCGAAAUCGGCUUCACAUUGUUUUAUGGCUCCGUGGUGCUAAAAAUAUACAGGCAAGUCAGAUACGAUUCAUUUCUUUUUAAAAUUUGUCCGAAAUUUAAAAUUUUUUGUAAAAAAAUUAAAGUUCUGCACGGUGCAAUGUUCAUUUUUGAAAAUUGCACUGUGCCAUUUUUAAAAUGAUGUUUCAAAAAUUUGUUACUAAAUUUAAAAUUUUGACUUAUUCAAGAGCUAUUUGAAUAGUUAUUUUCAAAAUUAAACAAUUUUAUUGCGCAAUAUCUUACUUUAUGUUUUUUGCUCUGCACGGUGCAGUUUUUAAAAGUGCAAAUUUUUUCUGUCAUUCUUAACGUUGUCGUCAAUUUUGCAAAGAAUUUGAGUAUGAAUAAGAUUUUACAAUCAUAAAAUAGUGUUUUUUCAGGAAUCUUCAAGAAUAUAGGGUUAGAAAGGCUCAUCAUGUGAUAGUACGUGAGAAAGAUCUUCUCAAGUACCUGCUCGGCUUCAUGGCAAUCACUUUUACUGGUAAGGAGGAUUUUUAUCAUUAAAAUGCUAUUUUUAACAAUUUUUUAAAAGUGAAACAUAAAAUCAAAAAUUAGUCCAAGAAAGUCUCAAUUAUUUUAUUUAGGCCUAGUCGCGUGGACGUUAGGAGUCCAGCACUCCCCCGAGCUGUGGAACAGCCAAUGGCCCCAAUGUCCGUUCGAGUCGUGGUCCUGGAUGUGGACAAUGUUCGAGUUGCUCUUCCUACUAUACGGUGUUAGGCUUUGUUACAAGGCGAGGAGUAGUAACUGGGUGGAACGGUACCAAUUCACGGCCGCCGUUUGUCUCGAGAUCUUGGUGAAUAUGGCCGUCCAGAUGGCCAGAUACUUCAUGAAGGACACCGGUUCCCACGACUUCCUCUUCAUCACUGCCAUUAUUCGACUGCAUCUGACCGUCUCGGUCAACAUUGCUGCCAUCAUAACACCCAAGUUCAUUGUGAGUUGUUGCUGUGCCAUUUUAGCGUGAUCAUUUAUAUUGGUAACCCCCCCCUUACCUACCCAAAAAAUGUCUGUAGCACAGUCCCUGUGACUACUUAUACUCAUUAGUUACUUUGAUAUUACCACCUGUACCAACUUAUACAUCGUGACUUCAGGUAAACUCAGAUACAAAUCGCCGUUCGCUGAGCAUGUCCGGCACUGGAAACAGUAGUCGCGCUCAUCCCUCGCUGGCGAAACUCAGGGAUAAUCUAAUUAAUGGAACGAUAGACUUUGCCGAGAUCCCCAUCAUCGACAUGAAUCCGGAAGAUAUUCGAGUAGGUAAUGAUAGGAUAUUGUUAUCAUUGAACGUAUACAUUUGGCGCGACAUAUACUGAUAUAAUUAGUGUUUUAGGCAUUACAUCAAUUUGCUAGCUAUAUUAAAUUAUGUUAUAGUAACUUUUUUUAGCCUUUAUAUUUACUUUUAACCAUUAUAUGACAAAACCCAUUUUUAGGCCGAACUUAAGCGCGUCUACACUCAGCUGAGGAUGUAUAAACUCAAAAACCUGUACCAAGACAAUCCUCACAUCUCGAAGCGCAAGGGUGGAAAGAAAGUUAGCGACAAGAACACCAAGAACCGUCGCAUCAGCAUUCCACCGGCGAGUUCGCCCAAGAUCAAACGCGUCGACGAGGAGGACGAGAAGAGCGAUCUGACCGUGGAGUCGGCGCCUCACAAUGUCUACUUGUCCACUAAUAAGCUCCAGUUCGAGCCGAAUGACCAUUCAGUGCGGGUCUGA